UCCAUUUUGUUUUCAUUUACCUUUGAUUCACAAUCAAUGAAUCCAGGAAAUAUGGAUGAUCAAGACAUGAGCCUGAAAAGAGAGAGAGCUGAGAAAGAUUGGAAUGUGAUCUAUUCAUUUAAGCUAAUUAUUGUACCGUUGAUUGAAGAAGCCAGGGCAAAUGGAGUUCGAAUCUGUUUGGCGGAAAAAAAGGAAAGAGAAAAAUUGAAGCAGGAGAUUUACAGAUGCAUCGAAGCAAUCAUAGACUGGAGGAGAUUUGUGCAAGAUACGAUGGGAAUAUCAACAAAAAAGCUGCGCAGAAUAAUCGCUCAGAGUAGAUUGAUUGAUAUAAAAAUCAAAAUGGAAAUUCUCAAAUUCUGGAAGAACAAUAAUGCUAAGACUCAAGAUAAAGAGUCUCUCAGAGAAGAGCUACUCGAACUUGCAGGGAAUUUUUUAGAAAGAACAGCAACAAGUGACGCAUUCAGAAAUCGCAACUUCAAGUUCAUCAGUCACAUUGUUGCAGCAGCGAUUCCAGACGAGGACUGGUUGGAAUUUUCUCGUACAAAGUUGAAGCUCAGUGACAAAGAAAUAGAAAACAUCAUCAGGAGACAUGGAGAGUUUAGUGAUGAGUUCAAGUAUCAGCUGAUCAAGAAGUUACAGCAAGAGGAAAUGGAAGACCCAAGCUGGCAGAAGUGGAAACUGCAAGAUGAUGAAAAUAGUUCCGACAUAUCAUAUAAAAACUAAAAAGACAUUUGAGACAAUUGUGGAAUAAUUAUGCCACAAACUUGAGUUAUCUCUAUAUAUACAAAUAAAUAUAAAUUGAAACAAUAAUUUUGAUGAUAUAUGAUGAAUGCAUUUACGAAUGCAUUUAGCAUAUAUUCCAACGAAUUGAACGAAACGUUAGAUCAGGCUAUGUUUCACAAGUUAUAAGUAACACUAAUUAAUGCAUCUAUCCAAUUUUUAUUCCAUGCCUGAAGAUUUCUUGUAUAUUACAACAAUUUGUUGACUUUAUCUUGUUUGGCAUAUCCUAUACAGUCAUGUAUAUAAUUGGAAAUCGCAAUUUUGCUUCAUCGAUAACACUUGCUUUGAUUGUUCUAAUGCUCGAACAUUUCUAAUUUUAUGUUUUUCGAAGUUUAUCCGUUUCAUGAAAUCAUUUCACUUAACAUUUUUGAAACUGUAAAUAUUCCAGAAGAUGAGUUUUAAACUUUACAAAAUCCUUAAAUUAAUUGUAAUAUCUCACGAAAAUGAUCACAAUCUGCAAUGCAGGGAUGUUCAGAAUUAUUCAAAAUUACAAAUUCCCGAUUCUAAAAAAUACGAUAAAAAUAAAAACAGUAUGAUAAAAAAGGCCUUCAUUCAAAUGAUUCAAGUUAUGAAAUAUGUACGAUUGAGACAAAUAGCCAAUUUUACUGCUUGUUUAUAUCAACUUCCUGGCAUUUACAAAUUCAAAUUCAUCAAUACUAGUUUUAUUUUAGUUCUUUAUUGAAUUUGACCCAAGAAUGUAUUCACAAUUCCAGCACUCCAUACCAUACUAAUAAUACAUAUUUAAGAUUUGGCCAUCUCUGCUGUGAAACUGACUCAAUUCCUCCAUGAUUUUUUGUUGCUUUUCAUAGCUAGUAUAGACUUAAUAUAACCCCCUAAAACAGUGGUUCUCAAACUUUUUGAGUCGCGCCCCCUUUUUGAAAAUUUCUCGUGACCCACCUCAGAAAUAACCAGUUAGCAAUAAGCUAUAAAUAAUGAAUAUUGUACGAAAAAGGCAUGUUUUAUUUAAGAAACACAUUAAAAAAAUGUGGAUGAAACGUGAAUAUCCAAAAUAGGGUGGAUAGGAUCAAAUCUAACAAAUAUUUUCAUUUUCAAUUAGCUUAAUAAUGCCCCCUCAAAAAAAAAUCGGUUACCUUCGUAGUGUGUAUACCAGGUUAGGGUUAGGCCAUAAAUUUAUUCUGAUUUUCUUUAUUUUAGGUAUUUUACAUGUUCAAGGACUGCCUGUGUAAGCCAAGUAAAUAUCCCCCUGCCCAUAGGUUUCAGAAAAAUUGUCUACGUCCCCUUUGUGGGGCGCACCCCACCGUUUGAGAACCACUGCUCUUCUCACCCAUUAGUACUGUUCAAUAAGUCAAAAACUAAUACUGAUUAUGUGUAUAUUAAUAG